AUUUUCACAUGUUUAACAAAUUAACAAUGAAAUUAAUGUUAACAUUAAGAACAAUACGAUUUCGGACAACCGUAUUGUACUGACUGCGCAGUUGCACCGCAAUGCUGAGCUCCUCGAAUUUCUCUUUUGUUUCCGUCCGGCGGAUUCCGCAUUUUACCCUCACCCGCCACAGUGACAGUGCAGAUGAAAUUAAAACUGCGGAAGAGAAACACAGCGACGCAGAGCCUAUCGGUGCCCCCACUGUGCAUCAUAGUCUACAGGGAAAACCUGAUGAAGCUGGACUGCCUUAACAAGAUGGACUUGCUGGUUCCUGGGCCAGAUGAAAGAGGAGGGAGGAUGAUGUUCAGGCUUCUGCUGCUCCUCUACCUUGGUCACUGUCUCCCAGGUGCCGAUUCAGAGGCUAUCUACGCUGAUGUUGGAGAUACUGUCAUGCUGCCCUGUUAUGGAGCAGCAGCUACAGACAUCAAGGAGGUUAAUGUUCUGUGGAAGCUUAAUGGCAAGCCUGCCUGUUGGGAUAUAAAUGGGACAUGGUGUGAAAAUAGUCAUCUUGUGAACCGAACUCAGCUUGGAUCCAUCCGACAGAACAACUUCUCUUUGAUCAUUAAUACUGUGAGAAAUGAGGAUGAAGGGGUGUAUACGUGUGAGAUCAGUGAAGACAAAAAGCAGACUAUUCACCUUGUUGUUAAAGGAAGUCGUCAGCGAAGGGAUGCAGUGAAGAGGGCUGACAGUGAACCUUUUUGCAACCCAAGCAGAGCAAGAGAAGAUACUCCAGGAUCAGAAACCAAAGAGAAACAGGUUUCUAAUGAAAACCUUCUAGGGCUGACUUCAAGAAGAGAACGGGUGUUUCUGGUGAGCGUGGGGAUGUUGGUGAUUGCUCUGGUCAUUGUGGCAUCAUUCACCAAAAGACAGUGGAACCGGCAAAGAGAUAAAAAGCUGCCUAAUCUGAGACCAUCUGAAGCUUCCCUGAUGAAUGAUGCCUCUGUCUCUGUUGAGGGCUGCAGUGCUGAUAAGAAGAUGGGGGAACCAGCUGUGUGAUAAAAACAGGUCAAAUAAUACAGUGGCGUACACGUUUGGGCACCCUUGCUUAAAAUGUCUGUAAUUGUGAAUAGCGAAGUGAGCAGAAGAUCUGAUCACCAAAAAGCAUAAAGUUAAAGAUGACACAUUUCUUUAAUAUUUUAAGCAAGAUUACAUUUUAUUUACAUCAUUCACAGGUACAAAAUACCAACAAAUGAUCACGGCCUGAAGCAAGAGUUUGGGCCCCUGACAUGGUCAGUACUUAGUAACACCCUCCUUUGGCAAAGAUGCUUUUUGUAUCCAGCUAAGAGUCUGUCAGUUCUUAUUUGGACUGAGGGCCAUACCAAAACCUUCAAGCUUGCGUCUCGAGUUAUUCCAUUGUAAAUUUUGAGGUGUUUGGGAUCAUUAUCUUGUUGUAGGUCCCAUCCUCUUUUUAACUUCAACCUUUUUUUACAGUUGGUAUGUUUGCUUCCAGAAUUUGCUGGUAUUUAUUCAAAUUCAUCCUUCCCUCUACCAAUGACAUGUUCCCUGUGCCACUGGCUGCAACAUAAGCCCAAAGCAUGAUCGAUCCACCCCCAUGCUUAAUAGUUGGAGAAAUGUUCUUUUCCUGGAAUUCGGCACCCUUUCCCCAAACAAAUUUGCACAUUGUGGCCAAAAAGUUCUAUUUUGAAUCCAUCAGUCCACAGGACUUGAUUCCAGAAUGUAUCAGGCUUGUUUUGAUGUUCAUUUGCAAACUUCAGAUGCUGAAUUUUGUGCCUAGGAUGUAGGAAAGGUUUUCUUCUGCUCACUACCAUAGAGGUCAUAUUUGCUUAGGUGUCACUGCACAGUAGAACGAUGCCCCACCAUUCCCGAGUCAGCAACAUUUUCCAGAAGGUCUUUUCCAGUCAAACAGGGAUUUUUAUUUGCCUUUCUAGCAAUCCAACGAGCAGUUUUUUCAGAAAAUAUUCAUGGUCUUCCAGACCUCAACUUGACCUCCACUGUUCGUGUAACUGCCAUUUCUUAACAUUAUGAGGUGAGGAAAUAGCUAUCUGGAAAUGCUUUGCUACCAUUUUAUAGCCUUCUCCUCCUUUGUAAGAAUAUUUUUUUUUAAGAGUGCUAGGCAGCUGCUUACAGGAGUC